CAUUUAACUUACGUUUACGUUUAUCGAAACAGCAAUGUAAUAGGAGUAUAUUCAAUAUUGUAAUAUUUAUAAAUUUAAUCCAAAAGCGAAGUACACUGAGACUCUUUCUUCACUGUAAACUUUCGGGAACUCCUCUUCACUCUGACGUCAUAUGAGUCAGAACAGAGAAAGAAAGAAUUGACAGUCAAAGGCAAAGGCUCGUUUAUGGGAAAAUCAUGAGGGAUGUAUCAACACUUUAUUUUUUAAUAUUUAUGAUAUUACUCGGAAAAAAAGCUUUAUCACAGUGGAUUUCCGAACCAUCACUUCCAAAUUAUCCUGUUUGUUCAUCUACAAAGACAUUAACAGAUAUAAGCGGGGAAUAUAAUUUCAAGGAUGAUAUUUACAGAUCUAGAGAUUUCUGUUUAUAUAUAGUUAGUGAAGAUCACUCUACAUUAUCUGUAAGAUUUCUGGAUUUUAAUUUUGGUUUCGAAGAUGAGAAUGGAAACUGCUCCAACUUUCUGGAGAUUGGAACACCGAAAGAUUCUCCUCAACCUCAGCAGAAAAGAUACUGCGGCUCAAAGUCACCUCCACCCUUUGUAUCAAGCUCUGAUAUUGUAUGGAUUUGGGUUCACAGAGAAUUCAUGCUCAGACAGUCUAAUAUUGAACUGAUAUACGAUGCAGCACCAAGAUGUAACGGAGACAUUGUCAUCAAUUCCUACACGUUUUUAACGUCACCAAAAUAUCCAACCUCUGUAUUUAAUUGCGCCUGGACGAUCUUAGUUCGUGAAUCUGUGUCGGAUCAACCACUCCAGAUUCAGCUUACGAAUUGGUUUAUUCAAAACUCUGCAGCCAGUUUGGAAAUCUAUGACAGUAGAGGAGGAAAAUUCUUGGCGAGAUUUGAUGAAAGCACAAGCGCUGACAAAGCCACAAAUGUUGUGAUCACGACCACUGGUCCUCAUGCUUAUGUUUCAUUCUACUCCGACACUUUGGGUAUCGGUAAAGCUGAUUUUAAUGCAACAGUAAAGAUCAAAGGAUACUGUACCCCAGGAACUCUACCCUGUGGUGACGGAAUGAACUGUUAUUCACAUGAACAAAUUUGCAACAGUCAGCAGGAUUGCUCAACUGGUUAUGAUGAACUGGGUUGUGGGGACUGUAAAGCUACUCAGUUCUGGUGCGGUAGAGAAGAUGGAAGUUGUUAUAAUCGCGAUCAACGAUGCAAUGGUUUCAAAGAUUGUCCGAGAAGUUUACAAGAUGAGACCAACUGUAGAAUUUGUGGUCCAGGAUCAUUCCUAUGCAAAUCAGACAGUAAAUGUAUUUAUGAGAGAUGGAGAUGCGAUGGAGACUUUGAUUGCAGUGAUAAGUCGGACGAACAAGAUUGUGAUUAUACUGCAAGUAGAAGAGUGAUAACUGCAGCAGUUAUUGGAUCUCUUGUUUGUAGUUUGUUGCUCGUGAUUGCUUUGGGUUGCACUUGUAAAUUGUAUUCACUCCGGGCUUCUCAUCACAGAUAUUCUCAUCAUCAAUACAGAGCAACUCCAUUGACUAGAGUUGAAAGGGAAUUAUUCCAAAGACAAGCACCUCCUACCUAUGAUAUGACAAUAAGUGGCACCAGUACAGAAUCAGCGUCAAGUACUCGAUCUCAGAGACAAAGGAGAAGAAGAAAUCGGAGAUAUCAGUUCCAACGUGCUGCUCCUGCUAAUAUAGGUCAUCAGUGCAAUAACAGUAGCAGAGAGGAAAGCAUAGAAUCCAACAAUCCAGCUCCACCAGAAGCUGAACCUAGUGUAUCAGUACAACCAACUGUAACUUCAACAUCUGCGAAUCCUGUCACGAGCGAAGAACAAACCUCGUCGAACGCCGAACUUCGACAAAAUUCCGCUUCUUUUGUCAUCGAAUCGAUUCCUGAUAUACUCGCAGAAAUGAUUUUUGCACCCAGACAGGGUCGAGCGAACCCCGCCCAUCGAAACGGGGUUUUGAAUCCUGUCAGGACUUCUACCCCGAUCCCAAUCGAAACUAGAGAAAGUGGAACGCAAACAAGUUCGAACACUAAUCCAGGGAAUGGUGCUAAUACUCCUAACACCACCGCCACAACACGGCAGACUCCUACCACAUCAUCUGGGAUGAGGGUGGUACGAAGUACAUCAAGGUCAAGAGGUCGAAACAGAAGAUCGAAUUCAAAAGAUCAGCAAGCCAAACCAUUACCUAAGAAAAAGAGAAUUUUACCUGUCAUGGUGCAAGCACCCUGUCCUGAUGCAGUUGUAGAGGAAGACACGUUAGCAUGCGUUUACCCAUGUCCGCCUUCAUAUUCCCAAGCUGUGGAAUCCAAUGACCCUAAAGUUGAAAGCUCGUCGGCAGAAACGCAAAAUGAAGUUUCUCUGAUUGGUAGUAUUAAUGAGGAUGACGCAGGAGAAACAACAGAUCAAGUUUUCAGUCCAGAAGAAGAUUCACUCAAAACGACAAAAUCGAGUUUUUUCCCGUUUUCGUUGGGGCAAGCUUUGCGAAAUAUUACAUUUUCACGAUUCAGUAAGAAUCCGUACCUACAAAUUGAAGCUGAGGAUAUUAUUGUUGGAUCUAAUAGCAACGAAGCCGGUGUAUCGGGAAUCAACUCCAAUGCUGGUGAUGACAAUUCCUCAUCGCAGCGACAAUUGAGGCCGAGUAUAAGUUCCGACGAAUCCAUGCUCGAUUGCACUUUCGAUACCGACUCUCUGGGUCCGAAUAACGAACUUCAAGACAUGUCUUCUAAGAAUAUGACAACCCACACAAAUUCCAUGACAUCGGGAAAUAAUAUGAAAGUAUUUCCGAAGAGAAAGAAUAAUGUUAACCCUUUCAAUACAAAUGAAGACUCAUCCAGCUGCAAUACAUCGCUUGAUAUGUCCACAUCCAGAGAGAACGCAUGAUAUUGAGGGUUAAAAUUCAAAUUUUCCAGGGGCAAGUCAUAUUUUUAUUCCAAUUGCCUAUUUUUCUUUUGCUUGAUGAGGCGCAUAUGAUUUUAUACUAGGUAUAUCGACGGUGUGACACGAAAGUGGCAGCGCGCCGAACCCAGGCAAGUGCAAAUCUGCAUUUCAUCUUUUAAAGACACUCUGAAUUCUCUUUUUUUAUUUCUGCUGUCUAUAUUAAUUUCUCAUUAUUUUUUUCUGUAUUUACAAUGUGUCAGUAUUGUUGUUUUUAACCCAUGCAUCAUAAAAUAGCAAAACAUACUUAGUUGUUUCUGUAAAGGCAUACUUAACAAUGUGAAUAGCGCUAUCUUGAUUAGUGAAUAUUCAUUAACCAGUCGUGGAAGUGCGAGUUUAGGGAUGUCGAAAUAUAAUUUCCUGGAAGACCUUACCCAAGUUAUUUUGAAGUUUUGUAUACGAAUCCUUGGUUAAAAAUAGUUCAGCCCUGGCCUAGUGUUUAAAGCGUCAAACUAUAAUGGCAUCACAACUUAAAUUCUUGGGUUCAAAUCACAUUCCCAUCGUCUCAUCCACGUUCUAAUUGAUUGUGUCGAUAAUACAAAAUUUUGGCCCUUCAAAUCUAAAGUUUCUUACCCAGCGCUGGUGGCGUGGGCAGAACCUUUUUCAGAGCUAAAAGUAUUUAUUUCAUCACGCUAGUUGUUUCACUGCUGUUGGAUCAGUGCAUUUGACGAAUAUUUUAAUAAUGAGCGAAAGUUUAUACAUUAUUGUAUUUUUUUAUUCUUGGCCCAAACCUUCUGUAACUAGGUUUGUGUUUUUUGUGUGUGUGCUGAUGAGGGGGCACAUUUUUUUCACAGUUUGAACUUUUUUUUAGGAUAUUAGUCGCUCUCCAGAAUUCUCUAUUUUAGUUAAGAGUACCUAUAUUAUGGAGUUUUCAAAAUAAACUGUCUGUUUCAAAUGUAUCCGAUGUUUUCUUUUUUUUUUAUUCACUAUUUUGUACUGUGUAAGCGCUUAUUAUUAAUCUUUGUCUAUUUCCCCCAUGUUGUCAAUAAAAACGGUGGAAUUCACUCAA